CCAGACCCUUACCUGACCAAAAUAAAACAUACUGGAAUGGCAUACUUAUCUCCGGAGUAUGACUACCUAUUCAAAGUGGUCCUAGUGGGUGAUGUGAGUGUUGGAAAGAGCUCUAUGAUCAGAGGAAUCACUCAGCAUAUUGGAUUUCCACCUGGUCCUCCUGUCAUCUCAAACAUUGGCAUUGACUUUGCCAUCCGUUCCUUUCAAGUGGACGAUAAAGUUGCCAAGUUACAAAUUUGGGAUACAUUUGGUCAGGAGCGAUUUCGAACCAUGAAUGCUGCAUAUUAUAGAGGGUGCUCUGGACUUCUAUUAUUGUACGACAUUUCUAACGCAUUGAGCUUUACACAUUUGAGUAGAUGGCUGGAUGAAGUGAAGGAACAUUCUACCGAAAAUGUUCAGAUAAUGGUAUUGGGUAACAAGUGUGAUCUGGUUAAAAGCAGACAAGUGAGCACAGAGAUAGGAAGAAUGUUUGCUGAAGAACAUGGACUCAAGUUUAUGGAGACCAAUGUUGUAACAGGAGAGAAUGUAGAAAAAGCAUUUUUGAUUUUAACUAGAGACAUGAGGUGCAUUGCAGACACCCUCUCAAAUCAGAAUGAACCAGAACAAGAAAGUCAAGGCCAGGAUACUGAUAUUAACUCUACGACAAAUUCUUGUUCUGUGGCUUAGUGCCGUGGUAUUAUUGUAUUGUGGUCAUCUGAACAAUUAAUUAGG